AGCAUAUCAAUAUCUUCUGAAAGCAGCUGACAUGAAUCAUACCAAAGCCAUGGAGAAAGUGUCUUAUGCUUUGUUGUUUGGGGAUUACCUGAAGCAGAACAUCCAGUCAUCAAAGGAACUAUUUGAAAAACUCACAGAAGAGGGUUCUCCUAAAGGACAAAUGGCUCUUGGAUUUCUAUAUGCAUCUGGUCUAGGAGUCAAUUCUAGUCAAGCUAAGGCCCUGGUGUAUUACACUUUUGGAGCUUUAGGAGGAAAUCUGAUCGCUCAUAUGAUCUUGGGUUACAGGUACUGGGCUGGAAUAGGAGUCCUUCAGAGCUGUGAAUCUGCUCUCACGCAUUACCGACUUGUAGCUAAUCACGUUGCUAGUGACAUUUCUUUGACUGGUGGCACAGUGGUUCAGCGAAUUCGCUUAGCAGAUGAAGUAGAAAAUCCAGGAAUGGCAAGUGGUAUGCUAGAAGAAGACUUGAUUCAGUACUACCAGUUUUUAGCAGAGAAAGGAGAUGUACAAGCACAGGUUGGCCUUGGACAGUUGCACUUGCAUGGAGGAAGAGGAGUAGAGCAAAAUCAUCAGCGAGCAUUUGAGUACUUCAAUCAAGCAGCUAAUGCUGGCAAUUCACAUGCUAUGGCCUUUCUAGGAAAGAUGUACUCAGAAGGAAGUGAUGUUGUACCUCAGAGCAAUGAAACAGCUCUUCAGUAUUUCAAGAAAGCUGCUGAUAUGGGUAAUCCGGUUGGACAGAGCGGAUUAGGAAUGGCUUACCUCUACGGAAGAGGUGUUCCAGUGAACUAUGAGUUAGCACUGAAGUACUUCCAGAAGGCUGCAGAACAGGGAUGGGUUGAUGGACAACUUCAACUAGGUUCCAUGUAUUACAAUGGUAUUGGAGUCAAGAGAGACUAUAAACAAGCUUUGAAAUAUUUUAACUUGGCCUCUCAGGGUGGCCACAUUCUGGCUUUUUAUAAUCUGGCUCAGAUGCAUGCAACUGGCACCGGAGUGAUGCGAUCCUGUCAUACUGCUGUUGAGUUGUUUAAGAACGUAUGUGAACGGGGCCGUUGGUCUGAAAGACUGAUGACUGCUUACAACAGCUAUAAAGAUGGUGAUUCAAAUUCUGCUGUGGUUCAGUAUCUUCUUCUGGCAGAACAAGGAUAUGAAGUUGCACAAAGCAACGCUGCUUUCAUACUUGAUCAGAAAGAAGCUAGCAUAGUAGGAGAAAAUGAAACCUAUCCUCGAGCUUUGCUUCACUGGAAUAGAGCAGCUUCUCAAGGAUAUACUGUUGCAAGAAUUAAACUUGGGGAUUACCAUUUUUAUGGGUUUGGUACUGAUGUUGAUUAUGAAACUGCAUUUAUUCACUAUCGACUGGCAUCAGAGCAGCAGCACAGUGCUCAAGCAAUGUUUAACCUGGGCUACAUGCAUGAGAAGGGAUUGGGCAUCAAGCAGGAUAUUCAUCUUGCUAAACGGUUCUAUGACAUGGCAGCUGAAGCAAGCCCAGAUGCUCAGGUUCCAGUCUUCCUAGCACUUUGCAAGCUUGGAGUGAUUUAUUCCUUGCAGUAUGUAAGAGAAAUCAAUAUAAGGGAGGUAUUCUCACAUAUUGAUAUGGACCAGCUGCUGGGGCCUGAGUGGGACCUUUACCUUAUGACUAUCAUCGCCUUGCUACUGGGAACAAUUAUAGCUUACAGACAAAGGCAACAUCAAGCAAUUCCCAGACCAGCAGGACUGCGGCCAGCUAUGCCUCAACAAGAGCCACCACCAGAGCAUCAACCACCACAAUAGCAACAAAAGCCUCACUGAAAGAACUGGAUUUUUCCAAAAGGAACAAUUUUCAUUGUGAUUUAGGACUUUGGAUCAACAGUCCCUCCCCCAAAAGAGGCACAAGGAAGUGAUAAAAAAAAAAAGUUUGAAAGCUGCUU